UCAUUAACUAUCUUAUGUUCUGUCAUUCAUAUUAUGAUCAUAUAGAAUUAGGGUUGAGAUCAUAGUGUGUUUAUCUUCUCAAUCUUCUCAAUCUCAUUUAUCUUCUCAAUCUCUACUCCCCCUGAGCCAUCACUUACCUCCUUGAGAAUCGCCGGCCCCACCACCACUCUAGGCUUUCUUCCUCUCUUUUUCCCGUCGUGACUCUUUCUGGUUCUCCCAAUUUCCAGAGCUUCCAACGCCCUAAGUUUGGGUCCUUUACUACCUCCUCCAGGUGUUCGCUAUCCUCAUAUUCGAAAUCAUAGUGAUACCUCUCCUCUCUGUCUUCGGUAUCAACAAUUUCCUCGAUCAGGCCAUUAGGGGUAUAGAGCCCUUCAAAAGAAAGUCUUUCUGCCCCAAGCUCUUGACCCGCUUCAAUGGGUACAAGUUGUUCAGUAGCCCCAAGAAGUAGUUGUACUGGGGGAUUAUUAAUGGGUUUACCAGCCCAAUUCUUAGAUGGUGGCCCAUUAGCCUCAAAAAAGAGGGACAUAGGAAAAUUACUUCCAAAAAAGGAUAGAUUCCACCCCUCUGUUGGGAUUUCUAUUCUCUAUAAAUUAUUUCUUGUUAUUGCAUUCCAUCCCCUAGCAAUUAAAUUAAAACCAUCAAAUUCAAUCCCUUCUUGAGCCCAUAGUAACGCCCUGUACCAAUCAGAGUCCACCAAAUUAAGUCUUUUGUUUUCUGUGGUGUAUUCACCCAAGCAUCCAAAAUCAUUGACGUUUUCUUUUCCCAACGCGUCUUCGACAUUCAAAAUUUCCCCGUAAUCACCUGACGACUCACCUUCUACUGCUUGUUGGUCGACUCCGGCCGCCACUGGAAAAACCAUGUCUUCUGAUUCUUCAACCCACGAUCUCUCAGGUGAAAACUGUCGAUCAUGUCGCUGAAUAUCAUCCAGACGAUCAACUUCAAUUAGAAUUUUCGUUUCUUUGCCAUCGAUGCAAAUUGGAAUACUCAGAUUCUCCAGCAGCGGAUCCUUAGCCAUGAUUAGGACUCUUGUAAAGUCGAACCCAUACUCCAAUAGAUCAUCUAUACGAAUGAAAGUUCCCAGGCUCUCAACUAAAUUGAUAAAGAACUCUGAUGUCCAGAACCCAAUUGGGAUCUUCCAAAUCUUCAGCCAUGUGAGAUAACUCAGAGGAUAUGCAUCAGAAUCUGCUGUUCUAAUCCUCUCAAUGAGACCUGCCAUGUCUCCAACGCCUUCCAAGAUGAACUUUUCGCACUCCUUCUCGGAAUGAAAUUCAAUAAUUCUCUCCAUUGCCCCAAACGAUUUCACCCUCGCAUCUCCAUAUCCUUUGGCUUCCUACCAUGUGUAAAGAGCGUCGCCAUGAUCUAGUUUUUUCAAGCUGACAAUCACCAUUCUCGAUAAUUUGUCAUUCUUUGUCACCCUCUUCUGUUUCCAUCUGCCAUCGUUCUCCGGUUGGUCUCCAGUCGUUUGUUUGAUUCUCCAUUCUUUUCGAGUUUUAGCCCGCGUUCUAUUAUUGCUUUUCACACCUUUUUCCUUUCGCCUCCAAACCUGUUUUUGGUUCCCAUGUGCCUUUAGCCAGCCUCCAUGAUUACUAUUAUCCUUUCGGCUUCUCUAUAUCUGCAGUGGGUACUUUGCAGGGUGUACAAUUAGGAAAGCAAUAUUCAUCCUCUUUCGAUGCCAGUUAUCCAUUGCUCGCAUCCCCUCUUUCAUGUAGGUGAAGUGUACAAACCUAAAUCUUAGUCUUCUUCCUCUUUCUUGCUUCUGGAUAGAAAUACACUUUCUACUUUCCCAUAUUUUUCGAACGCUCUUCUCAGUUGUCUGUAGCUCACCCUAUCAUCCCAUCCAUCGACGAAUAACAUCACGCCCCCUCUAGAACCAGGGCUCUUCUCAUGCUCGUAAUUUUUGUGCCAACGUCUUCCUCCAUUCCUCCUUCAUGGUCUCCAUAAAACCCUAGCAGAGCCAGUGGGGCUUGUCGUUGUACAACCUUUCUAUACUACCACAACUUUGAUUUAAGGCACAUCCUAUCCUACUACCGACUUGUAUUUUAUGCAAGUUUGGAAGAUUGAGUUUGCACUUCAUGAUACUUUAGGAGAUGAUGAUGAACUCUUGAAGGAGAUGGCUACAAAAAUGCAUAAGAAGUUUGGAAGCAUCAACUUUUUGAAAACAAUAGCUCAAAAAAGAAGAAGGUUGCCACGACACAUGGAAAGUCACAACUUGAUCUUUAUUUUGAUGAGCCAUCUUUGAGUUUUGGGGAUAAUAAAGAUUUGGAUGUGUUGCAGUGGUGGAAAGAAAAUAAUAGUCGAUUUUUUGAACUAUCAAUUAUGGAACGUGACUUGCUUUGCAUUCCUAUUACUACUGGUGCAUCUGAAUCUGCAUUCAGCAUAUUGGUUCACAUGUCAUUAACAAGUAUAGAAGUCGACUUUUAACCAAAAAUGUGGAAGCUUUGAUGUGUGCUCGAAAUCGGUUGAAUGGUUUUGUUGGUGGAGGUUCCUAGUUACUGUGUUAUCAUCAUAUCAUGGAUUCCCCCCAAUCUGUUGUGUCACCCUUCAGGAGCUUGGUUUUGGGUGAGGGUGAGAAGCACAAGUCUAAGGACAUUGAAGUCAAUGGGAAGGAAGCAGUCAUGUCAAAUGUGGAGGAGUUCCUUGGAGUGCUUGACGUUUUCGUGCACCAAGCCAGGGACAUUCAGAACAUUUGCAUAUAUCACAAGCAAGAUGUUUAUGCUAAGAUUUGCCUGACUAGUAAUCCUGAGAAUACCGUUUCUACUAAGACUAUCAAUGGAGGAGGAAGGAACCCUGUCUUCAAUGAUAAUCUUCGUCUCAAUGUUCCGACUAUUGAGUGUUCUCUCAAGUGUGAGUUAUGGAUGCUUAGCAGGGUGAAGAAUUAUCUUGAAGACCAGUUGCUUGGUUUUGCUUUGGUACCUUUGUCUGAAGUACUAGUCCAGAAUGGGAAACUGGAGAAAGAGUUCUCUCUUUCUUCAACUGAUCUGUUCCAUUCCCCUGCAGGUUUUGUUCAGUUAUCCCUUUCUUACACUGGUGCUUCCCCUGAUGUUAUGGCGAUUUCAACAACGCCUACAGGGUUGUCCUCACAUGUCACUGAGCAAUGCUCAGAAACUUCUGAGUCAUUGGCCAGGGAUUUGGAUAAAAUUGAGUUCCCAGAUCCUAAGAUUGCAAAUGAAGACCACUUGAUGGUUUCAGAAUAUUUUGGCAUUCCAUGUGAGGAGACUCAGUGCUCUGAUAGCUUGGCCACUUCUGAUGCUGAGAAUCAUAGUUCUGAAGCCGGUGUUCGUCUUGUUGAAAGUUUCGCAGCAUGCAGUGUUGAAUCUGCCCAACCUCCUAAGGUUGAUUCUCCACCCAGCAGUGUGUCAACAAAUGGGGUUUCUUCUCAUUCUGCACCUGCAAGCUCAGAAUCAUCUGACGCUGCUGCUUCUAAGUCUCCCGCUCAGGAACAAGUUUCAGGCACCAAAGAAGAUAAAAACGUGGAUGAUAAAGUUGGUGAAAGCAAUUCCUCAAAUGGGGCUCAGAGAGACACAUUUCCUAAGCCUGUUGUAACUGUGAACAUUGAGCCAGAGCCACAGAUGGUGCAGCAGGAUAUUGUUGACAUGUACAUGAAAAGCAUGCAGCAAUUCACCGAGUCAUUAGCAAAAAUGAAGCUUCCUAUGGACAUCGAAAGUGAACCAACUAGUUCAGGAAACUCAAGCACUGAGCAGAAACUACAGCCACCAAAGAACAGUACCUCCCGUGUGUUUUAUGGGAGCAGAGCUUUCUUCUGAGUAUUUGCUUCUUUGGUUUAAGGGAAUAUGAGCAGGUGACUGUAGAUUUUAGAACAAAACUGAUAUUAGCAGCGAGAUGAAGAGCAUGUUUGGAAAUCCUUCUACAGUUAAUUUUAAAGCCUAAAUUCUGAAGAUAAGCUUAUGUGAGUAGUAUCUGGGUGUCAGAAUUGAUUGUGAGAAAAGAGAAGUUGAUCCAAACAUGCUAAUAAUGUACUAUCCAGUGUGGUUUCUCCUUCUGUAUUUCUUCUGUUGUUGUAGGUUACAUGGAUUAUAAUUUCUGUACUCUCACAAGCUUGUCUCUAUGUUAACUCCGACAUGAACUUUCCUGUGUUACCUUUCUUUCUUUGUCGUUCUCUCAAUUUGAAUGUCAAUAAUUGUGAGAUCGAAUUUCAUCAUACAAGUAUUAUUAUUAAUCA